AUGCUACAGUAUUUAUUUGUUAGUGCUUAAAAUAAGUUAUAAAUAAAAAAGAUAAGUGGCUUCUUUGUUUAAUUUAUAUAUACUAGACUUAUCAAUUUUUUAGUAUAAUUUUUAAUUAUAUUUUAAUCAGAUAAAUAUCAUGUUAUCAUUCAAAAUAUAUUAUAUUUAAAAAUAAUUAAAUUGAGUUUAGAAUCAGUGUAAUUGUUCAAAAAUAGAAUUUAUAAAAAGAUUUAAAAAAUUAAAAUUAAUAAAAAUAAGAUCAUUAAAUUUUUUAUUUCAAACUAGCUUCAAAUGAUAUGGUUUUUAGCUAAAAAUAGACAUAAUAGAACGAAUACUAAUUUUGAAUUGCUUAUAUUUAAUUUAAUCUCAUAUUUUGUAGGACAAGCUUUAUUGAUAACAUUAAAAAUAUAAGCAAAUUUUAACAAACUCGAAUGUAAACAGAAAUAAAAGUCUAUAAGGAAUUAAAAAAUGCAACUCAGUUAAGAAGUCUUUUUAUUUGUUUUAUAAAGAUUAUUUUAAUUCAAAAUUUCAUAUAACCAGCAAAUAUAAAAUUUAAAACAGCAUAUACAAAUAGUUAGCAAAUAUUCCUUUAAAAUAGUUUUCUGUUCGAAUUAAAGCUGA